AUGGAUUCCGAUCAUUAUGCCGUUUUAGGCUUACCCUCCGGCGAAGAAGGAGCCAGGAUUUCUGAUAAAGAGAUAGCUAAAGCCUACCGUCGUAAAGCUUUGGAGUUACAUCCAGACAAAAGACCUGACGAUCCAAAUGCAAAAAUAUACUUCCAAAAGCUGAAGGCCUCAUAUGAUAUUCUUAAGGAUGAGAAGGCUAGGAAACAGUAUGACGAUCUGCUCCUGGCGAGGGCCGCAGAAAUUUGCGCGAAGCAUAAGAGAAAACAGGAAGAGGAAUUAGCUUCCAUGUAUGCUAAAAGACAUGCCGUUGCUACUCUGCAUAUGCCUAUGCCGUGGACGAGUAUGAGAAGGGCUGCUGAGAGGCAAAAGAUGGCACAAGAUUUAAUGUUACAAAAUAUGUUACAGAAUUUGAGAAGGGCUGUUGAGUGGCAAAAUAUGGUACAGAAGCUUAUGAGGGCUGCUGAGUGGCAAAAUAUGGUAAACCAGCAGCAUAUGAGGGGGGCUGCCGAGUGCCAAAAUAUGGUAAACCAGCAGCAUAUGAGGGCUGCGGAGUGGCAAAAUAUGGUAAACCAACAACAUAUGAGGGCUGCGGAGUGGCAAAAUAUGGUAAACCAACAGCAUAUGAGGGCUGCGGAGUGGCAAAAUAUGGUAAACCAGCAACAUAUGAGGGCUGCCGAGUGGCAAAAUAUGGUAAACCAGCAGCAUAUGAGGGCUGCCGAGUGGCAAAACAUGGUACAACAGCAGCAUGUUUUCCAUAUAUGA